AUGAGUGAAGGGGAGGGUGGGGGGNUUCGACUAGCUGGAGCUAAAAUAUGUAUUCGACUAGCUGGAGCUAAAAUAUGUAUUCGACUAGCUGGAGCUAAAAUAUGUAUUCGACUAGCUGGAGCUAAAAUAUGUAUUCGACUAGCUGGAGCUAAAAUAUGUAUUCGACUAGCUGGAGCUAAAAUAUGUAUUCGACUAGCUGGAGCUAAAAUAUGUAUUCGACUAGCUGGAGCUAAAAUAUGUAUUCGACUAGCUGGAGCUAAAAUAUGUAUUCGACUAGCUGGAGCUAAAAUAUGUAUUCGACUAGCUGGAGCUAAAAUAUGUAUUCGACUAGCUGGAGCUAAAAUAUGUAUUCGACUAGCUGGAGCUAAAAUAUGUAUUCGACUAGCUGGAGCUAAAAUAUGUAUUCGACUAGCUGGAGCUAAAAUAUGUAUUCGACUAGCUGGAGCUAAAAUAUGUAUUCGACUAGCUGGAGCUAAAAUAUGUAUUCGACUAGCUGGAGCUAAAAAUAUUUAA